AGAUCAUUAUCUUAGAAAUAUCCUUUUAUCUCAUUCUGGAAACUUCUUACCAUAACAGAAAAUAAACAAAUCUCAUUCCGGAAAACGCUCAUAAAUUGUCCGAAAGCCCUAAAAAUCUGAGUCUCGCAUUAAGUCCAAACACUUUCAUUUGUCUCCUUUCGUCAACUCCACAGAGAUCUCCUCAUGGCUCCAAUUGCUGUCGGCGAUGUCGUACCAGACGGAACUAUCUCCUUCUUCGAUGAGAAUGAUCAACUUCAGACCGCCUCCGUUCACUCUCUCGCCGCCGGUAAAAAAGUCAUUCUCUUUGGUGUUCCUGGUGCUUUCACUCCCACUUGCAGCAUGAAGCAUGUUCCUGGGUUCAUUGAGAAAGCAGAGGAGCUGAAGUCAAAGGGUGUUGAUGAGAUCAUUUGCUUUAGCGACGUUUAUAUAUGCUGCUUGGUUUUAUAGUAUUUACGCCGUCAUUUGGAUCGAUUGUUGCAGUGAACUGUUCAUCAUAUGUAUAUGGUUUGAUAUCAGGUCUGUUCUUAGGUAUAACCUGUACUAUUUCUGACCUUUGUGUUUGUGUCUACUUCUGAAAUCUGAUCUCUUGCUAGUCAAACAUGUGAAAGCUAGGCUAAUGGUAGUUGGUAUUCAUAAUAGUAAAUUGUAGAAGAGAUUCAGAGUAUUGGUUAAUGUAUUUGGUUGAGUUUGCUUGAUGGUAGACUGAUUCAAAUGGUUUAUGGCAUUGACGUUAUCACUUGGAUUGAUAUGUUGCAGUGAACGAUCCGUUUGUGAUGAAAGCAUGGGGAAAAACAUACCCAGAGAACAAACAUGUGAAGUUUGUAGCUGAUGGGGUCUUGGUGUUAGGUCAAGGAGAUUUGCUCUGUUACUUGAUGAUCUCAAAGUGACUGUAGCCAAUGUCGAAUCUGGUGGCGAAUUCACAGUUUCCAGCGCCGAUGAUAUCCUCAAGGCUCUCUAAGAAAUGUACCACUUGUGUUGUCUAUGUAAACCGCUGUAUGUGUAGUAGAGGAUUCUAUAGCUUGUUCUCAGACAUUAACCAAGGUUGUAAUAAAGCGGUUUCAUUGUGACUUGUUUGGCAUAACAAAGUAUUUGGUUUUGUUGUUUUUCUGUGCGUUGAUUAAUGAAAGAUGUGACUCAUUGACGUGAACAUUUAUGCCAAAUUUUGCCAUUGUUGUU